UAUUUUGAAUCGCUUUUUGUGUCUGUAAAGAUAAUCUCCUUUGAAGGGUUUCAUAUUGCAUGCUCUUCUAACUCUUCACUACCUCUCAUCAAUUCCUUCCAUGGAAUUUGCAUCUUCAUCAUCAAAACUCUCACGGAAGUACGAUGUGCUCAUCAACUUCAAUGGAGAAGACAUCCGCAGGAAAUUUGUUUCUCAUCUCGAUUCUGCUUUCUCUGCUGUUGGACUUACUACUUUCCUCCCCCACGACAAUGCAAUGAAGUCAACGCACAUACAACAACCUAUUGUCGAUCUCUGUCGUAUAGCAAUUGUUGUUUUCACCAAAACCUAUUCUCAAUCUGCCCGGUGUCUUCAUCAGCUUCAACAAAUCAUCGAAUGGCACGAAACUUAUUGCCGACAUGUUCUGCCUGUAUAUUACGAAACUCAGCCAUCUGAUGUACGUCUUCAGAAGGGUGAUUUUGGAGAGGCCUUCAAAGCAACUGCACACCAAACAUUCUCGGGACAAGAACUGGAGCAUGGUAUGUCCAGGUGGAGCUACGCACUCACCAAAGCUGCAAAUUUCUUUGGAUUGGAUGACAGCAAUUACAGGAGUGAUGCUGAACUCGUGGAAAAAAUUGUUAAGAGCGUUCUUAAUUUACCAAUCUUGUCUGCUGCUAAAUUUCCAGUUGGAUUACAGUCCCGCGUGGAAGAUGUGAUUCAAAUCAUGGAAAAGAAAUCCUGGAGAGUUUUUACGAUAGUGAUAUUUGGGAGGGGAGGAUCGGGUAAAACCACCCUCGCCAAGGCCAUCUACAAUCAAAUUCAUGGUACAUUCACGGAGAAAAGUUUCAUUGAAGAUAUUGCACAAGUUCGUCGAAACAGAGCGUAUGCUCAUUUACAAAAACUUCUUUCAGAUGUCCUGAAAACAAAGGUGGAAAUGCAUAGCUUUGAGAUGGGAGCAAAUAUGAUUCGGGAAAGACUUUCUGGAAAAAGGAUGCUUAUUGUACUUGACGAUUUAAAUGAGUAUACUCCAUUUUUAGAACUAUGUGCAUGUUUCGGUGGAGGAACUGUAGUAAUCAUUACAACAAGAAAUGAAAGCAUACGGAACAUAUAUCCAGUUGGUUCUGUAUUUCGGAUAAAGCUAUUGAAUGCAAAUGAGUCACUUGAACUUCUUAGUUGGAACGCAUUUAGAGAAGCAAAACCAAAAGAAGAAUACAACGACCUUGCAAAAAGUGUAGCUUUUCAUUGUGGAGGACUACCUCUAGCUCUUGAGAUCAUUGGAAAUUGUUUAUUUCAAAGUACAAAAGAAGAAUGGAAUAGUAUAUUGUGUAAAUUAGCGAGAAUUCCCCAGCACCAUGUUGAACCGAAAUUGAAAAUAAGCUUUGAGGGAUUACGUAAUCAAAUGGAAAAAGAUUUGUUCCUUGAUGUGUGUUGUUCCUUUGUUGGUGAAGGCAGAACCUUUGUUAAGAAGAUCCUAAAUGGCUGUGGAAUAUACGAUGAUGAUAGCGGAAUAAGAGUUCUCAUAGAACGUGGUCUCGUAAAAGUUAAAAAGAACAACAAACUUGGAAUGCAUCAUUUGCUACAAAAAAUGGGAAGACAAAUAAUUCAUGAAAUUGAUAAAGAUGAAAUGUGGAAGGAGCGGCAAAUGCGGUUUGAUGGUGCAGGAUAUGUGUUGACAAAUAAUAGAGGGACGAGAGUAACUGAUCGAUUGCCUGUUAAAUUGCGUUCAACCAGAAGAGAACCAUCAAGACUGCAGAAACUUGAUGGAAAUUCUGAGUACCAUUCUAAGAAACUGAGAUGGAUCAGUUUGCAAGGGUUUCAUGAAAAUUACCAAAUAUUUAACGAGUUUAGUCUGCAUGAUGCAAUAGCUAUUGAUUUAGAUCACAAUCUUCUUCAAUUCGACUGGAAACAACCACAGGUUUUGAGGUGGCUAAAAGUCCUUAAUCUUAGUCACUCUAAGUAUUUAACAGAAACCCCUGAUUUUUCCGGAUUACAAAGUCUUGAACAGCUUUUUCUCAAGAAUUGUCAAAGAUUACGCAAAGUACACCGAUCUAUUGGAUGUCUCUGCUAUCUUAUUCUGCUAAAUUUGAAGAAUUGUACAAGCCUAAGCAAUCUCCCUCGAGAGAUAUAUACGUUGAACUCUUUAAGAACUCUUAUCCUCUCUGGGUGUUCCAAGAUUGACCUCAUGGAAAAAGAUAUUGUACGAAUGAAAUCCUUGAUAACUCUAAUUGCUGAAAAUACAGUUGUGAAACAAGUGCCUUUUUCAAUUGUAAGCUCAAAAGCCAUUGGAUAUAUAUCCCUACGAGGAUUUGAGAGAUUUUCAUGUAAUCUUUUUCCUUCAAUCAUUAUUCGGUCUUGAAUCUCGGCAAUAAUGAAUCCCAUAUCUUAUAUUCAUUCAAGUUGUUUGGAUAUGGAGGAUAAUAGUUGGGAUGAUAUUACGCCAUUGUUUGGCUGCUUGGCAAAUCUUCGAAGUGUUUUGGUACAAUGUGACACAGAGUUUCAACUAUCUAAGCAAGUAACAGAUAUUUUGAUCGAAACUUGUUCAACUUUUACAGAAUCAGGAAUUUCAAAGAAGCACUUCAGAUCUUCUUUGAUUGGUGUUGGAGCAUACCAUGAAUUCCUCGAUGCUGUCAGCGAUAACAUAUCUCAGGUAUUGGCAAGUAGUGAAUCUUGUGAUAUCUCUCUUCCAAGUGACAAUCAUCCUUAUUGGUUGGCCUAUAUGGGUGAGGGAGAUUCUGUUUCUUUCAUUGUGCCUCCAGAUAUUGACAUGAAGGGAAUGGUUCUGUGUGUUGUUUAUGUCUCAACCACUGAAAUUGUUGCAACUGAAUGUCUUAGAAGUGUCUUAAUUGUUAAUUACACAAAGUGCACAUUGCAAAUACACAUGCAUGGCACACUAAUUUCCUUUGAAGAUAUAGACUGGCAGGGUAUAAGGUCAACUUUAGGAUCAGGAGACAAGGUGGAGAUUUUUGUGAGUUUUGGUCAAAGAUUGGUGGUCAAGAAUACAUAUGUCUAUCUUAUAUGUGGUGAAUCAAAUUACUCGGAAAAAGAGCCUACGCCAAAGAAAAAUUAUCUCCAUAGAUUCAUAAAAAAAAUUGUAAAGUGACUUCUGGUAAGUCAUUUAUCUUCUUUAAGAACUGCAGGAUCACGAUCCCGAUCCCGAUCCCUUUAGUUAUGGAAUUAAUCUGUGUCCUUGAUUGCAGUUCAUUUUUUUUUCAUCAUUUCCUUGUUUUUGGAGUAUAGCUUAUAUAUAAUGAAAUUCAUGUUGACUUUA